GCAUUACCCAUGAUUCCCCGCAGUCAUCUUACAAGUUAGAAAGGUGUCGUGGCUUCCUCCGUGUGCGCACAGAACAGCAGAUGUCGCCCUCAGUGAAGUUGUAGCUGCGCUCCUUUGCAGAUCCACAGGUUCAGCCUUCGUUCAGCGCGUGAUUUAGUUAUUUUGGGUAUCGUUCCCAACCGGUUAAAGUGUAACGUUGAUAUUUGUCAUCUCUUUUGCAACAUUUCGCGCUCGCCAAGUAAUGCUUUACCAUCCAGCGCACAUAUUUAGCGUUUGAUGCAGUCCGCUGCCACGUCCGUGAUGGUCCUUCGUUUCGUUUGUUAAAAAUGUUCUCAUUCGUCCAGGCAUCGGCAAUGCAACGGAUACCAGACGUAGCCUAUGGAUUUGAUUUGAUGCAACGCCUCACUAUCGUUUUUUUUCCCCCCUCUCUCUGAGGCAUAACGGCGAAUGUGACCUGAAUGCAGGGCAUGAUUUAGUAAUGGAAUGAGACGCAAAACUCAUUCAAAGCUCAUUCGUUCGCACCGUUAGCAAUCGCGCUCAAAGCAGCGCAAACCUCUGCGGCGCUCUAACGAUUUACGGGGAGGUUUUGAGGCGGGCGCUUCUCUGCACCAUACAUUUUGGUGGUUUUCCCCCGCUUUUUUCUUUUUUUUCUUUUCUUUUCUUUUCUUUUUUUUUAAUUCGAUGAGGAUCGGCGAUGGGAGAGAUCAUGGAUUGAUCAUUUUUCUCGGGGUGUCGGAGACUAAAGACGCACACGCCGGCGCAUGGGCGUUCGUUUCAGCACCCCAGCCGUGAAUCUGCCGUUUGUGCGGGGAAUCUUGCCCUGAUAGAUCGGGGUGGCGGAUAGAGAGAGAGACAGAGAGAGAGAGAGAGAGAGAGAGAGAGAGAGAGAGAGAGAGAGAGACGGGGCGCGAGGGAUACGGCGACGGCGUUUUUGUCGCUACGAAAGUGGAUUCUUACGACGCUUGUGCUGAGGGGAUAUCGAAAGUAGCCCUAAUAGUUUACUGCAGCAUUUCACAUUCGACUGCAGUGGAAGAUCCACAGCAGCCGGUGGCGAGCAGGGCGCGCUCACCACUGCAAUUUCGGGGCAGAGAUUGACUGGCGGCGUCUUGCGGAUGCCCGCUCGUGUCUUCGGAGGAGGCAGCGUCCGCGACUUUCCCUGCGUUUUACGAUGCGCUUCGGAAGAAUGCAGUUGAGGGAUCUGUAUUAACCCAGCAGCGUUACGCCGUUUCCGGUUUCCAGCUGGUGUUUCCCGAUUGCAAAUCUAUCGGAAAAAAGCAGCGGAUCCCGAUGGCAUGGACACUUACGCAAGGUCUGCCGCGCCGCCGUGCUACUGGAGCCUAUUCGCAGUCUCUUCAGCCUUCAACCCAGCUCCACCGCCAUCGCCCCGCAGCCCUGCCGCAACGCGACCACCGACCAUCGAGCCAAAGCAGGCGGCAUGAGGAGGCUUGAUUCGGUACACUUAUCCAUGCUGCUCAUCGGGGUCUCCUUCGCCUGCUACUCCCCGAGUCUGAAUUCCCUGCAGGACCAGGCUUACAGAUCCGCCGUGGUGAUCGAGGGCAAGGUGCAGUCCGCGCCUCAGAACGUCUCAGCGGAGCCGUACAGUGUGAAUGUCAAAGUCCUGGACGUGUGGCCGCGAAACAGCGGGGGUCUGGAGCGGGAGCAGCUCGUCACCGUGGGGGAAUUUGGCUCGGAGGCUCCGUGCGCCAAAGUGAAGAAGAAUCACAAGUAUAUAUUUUUCAUGGACCCAACUGAUGAACCCUUGGUUUUUAAAGCGUCGUUUGCGCCCUUAGAUACAAGUGGGAAAAACCUGAAAAAAGAUGUUGGGAGGAUCUUGUGUGAAGACUGCGAGGGUAAGAAGAGGGAACGGAAUGGGAGAAAAAGAGGAGGAAAGAAAGGACGCAAGGAGAACAUCGAUCCCACAGAAGCUGCUGCUCCCUCACUGAAGCGCAUGAAAAAUCCUGUGUUGGUGGACGAAGGAAGCAGGCUGAUUGUGAGGUGUGAGGCCUCUGGCAACCCCACCCCGCAGUACAAGUGGUACAAAGAUGGCGUAGAACUGAAGAAGAGCAAAGAGAUCAAAAUUUCCAGGAACAGCAAGAAAACUUCCAAAGUUCAGAUCAGCAGCGCAAAGCUGGAGGAUUCUGGGAAUUACACAUGCGUGGCAGGGAAUAUUCUGGGGAAGGACAACGGCACCAGUACAGUGCACGUACAAAGCAUAACCACAACGUUAUCUCCGGGUUCCGGCCACGCCAGAAGAUGCAACGAGUCAGAGAAGGCGUACUGCGUGAAUGGCGGCGACUGUUACUACAUACAUGGUAUAAAUCGGCUAUCCUGCAAGUGUCCAAAUGACUUUACUGGUGAUCGCUGUCAAACCUACGUUAUGGCCAGUUUCUACCAGUCUCUUGGGAUUGAAUUUAUGGAGGCAGAGGAGCUCUAUCAGAAGAGAGUCCUGACAAUCACCGGCAUCUGUGUGGCUCUUUUGGUGGUGGGCAUAGUCUGUGUGGUGGCCUACUGCAAAACCAACCUCCCCCCCAGGAAACAGAGGAAGAAGAUGCACAAUCAUCUGAGGCAGAACAUUUAUGUGGAUCAUCCCAACCGCAACCUGGCCAACGGACCCAAUCACCCAGGACCUGGUCCUGAGGAGAUACCCAUGGUUGAUUAUAUCUCCAAAAAUGUACCGGCGACCGAGAGAGUCAUAAGACACGGAGCAGAGGCACCUUUUCCUGGCAGCCGGCAGUCUUCCAGAUCCCACAACUCCUCCACCCGAGCUCAUUCCUCCACUCACAGACAUGAAGGGAGAACGUGGAGUCUGGAGCGAACAGACAGCGUCCUCUCCGACUGUCCCUCCGGCAUGAUGUCGUCCUCAGUGGGGACCAGUAAAUGCAACAGUCCUGCGUGCAUGGAGGCGCGGGCCAGGCGUGCCGCACACUGUGGCUUUACUGAGCCCCACCGGCCGGCCCUGCAGUACGGCGACUCUUUCGACUCGCUUGGGGACUCUCCGCAUAGCGACAGGUACGUGUCGGCGCUGACCACUCCAGCUCGCCUGUCUCCUGUGGACUUCCAUUACUCACUGCCCCCGCAGGUGCCUACCUUCCAGAUCACGUCUCCCAACGCCAGCCACGCCAUGUCUCUGCCCCCCGCCGCCCACGCCCCCUACCCGCCGGAGGAGGACCAGCCACUGCUGCGGCGCUACCAGGUGCCCCUGCACGAGGCCCGGGGCCACGAGCCCUACCGGCAGCAGCAGCGCGGCAGCUACCUGCGAGACAGCACCGGCAGCCUUCCCUCCAGCCCCUACCGGCUGGCUCAGGAGGAAGAGUACGAGAGCACCCAGGAGUACCUCUCCUCGAUGGAGCAACCAAAGAGAAGCAGUCGGCGCUGGCGCAGGUCCAGACUCAACGGCCACGUGGCGCCGCGCGGCUACCAGCCGUCCCGGGACUUGGGCUCGCGCAGCUGCCUGUCGGACAGUGACUCGGAGGAAGAGGAAGGUGAGAGCACGCCCUUCCUCAGUAUGCAGAACAUGAACACCGCCGAGCCCGUCACCCUCUACAGGCCCAUGCCCGACACGCAGACUUCUCACGCCCAGAGCGGGCGGCACGGGCCACGCGCCAACACACAGACCAGACUGACGCACUCACGCUCCAAACCGGACAAUGCACCCCACUAGAGAGACCGCCACCUAUCCACAAAAAAAACCCCGAUCUACUAUAGACAUGCACCUAUAAGAAAUAUUUUUAUUUUAUAUAACUGACAGAUAUUAUAAACAAAUGAAAUAUUUAUUUUCAUUUUAGCAAAAGUUGUCUACUAGUUAACAGCAAAGACUUUUUUUAUAGGGAAAACUCUAUUUAUAUGUACAUUUUGAUUUACAGCAUAAAAAAGAUGUGCCAAUUUUUUCACAACUUAAAAAAAAAAAAAAUAGAGUAAUAUUGUGGUGCCUUUUGCUGUAUGCUGAGGGCCAGAGGGCCAGUGGAGUUUUUUGUAGCCUUUCUUAUACGGACGCCUCAUUUUUUAUACUCGUUUACUCUUUUGUUGUCUCUUUUUGGCCUUUUUUCCUUACUUUCCUUUCCAGGUUGUGUUCUUUUGGGAGCUGACCCCAUUUGAACUGUGACAUCCCCACCCCACCCCUCACCCCCCUUCCCACCAUCAUGCAAUAUAAACCACUCUAACAUAAGGUGUAUGUUUACAUGAAUUUGAUCCACAGAGAUGUUUUAUGAUCAUGUUGCUUUGCCAACAGGAAAUCGAUGACAAAUGCAAUCGGGGGUUCGGAAAGAAAAAAAAAAAAAAGUACGAGUGUGCGUGCGCGUGCAUGAGUGUGUGCGUGUGUGCGUGUGUGUGAACGACCAAAUGCGAGAGGCCUCUAAAUGACUGUGGCUCUGAGAAAUAUGCUGCUGUUGUGUAGACUUGCGCAUGUGGGCACUUGAUGUCGUCUUAAAGAUGCACCGCCUUGACUUGCUUUGCAUCCCUACAGGGUAAAGGUGCGGUCACAUUUACCGUUUUUCUGCGAAUCUUCGUGGGCGAAAUCCAGGUUCACGGCCGCAUUGACCAACAGAAAUGAGUUUGGUUCGAAAGUGACUCUUUUUUGUUUUGCCCUCCCUUUUUCGCUUAAUGUGACCGCACCUUGAGGUUUGUCACACGGAAGCCUUCUCUUUCCAAAGGUGGAUCGUGGGUUAAAUGUGAGGGGGCCGUGGGCCGGGCUGUCAGUGCUAAUAGCUUUUGACAGAUAACAAAGAAAUAAAGAACAUAUAGUCUCUCCCACUCAACCCACUUUCCCGUCACUCAGUCGAAUCGCCCUCAUUAUCAGCACAUCCAUCCGGUUAGAGCGGCCAGUGAAGAGAUAGACUGGAGGGAUGGAAGGCCUCACAGCGUCUCAGGACCUCACUCCACUGCACAUCUUCCUCUAGCGCGGGACUGAAGAGAGACUGACAGCAGGCUGAUGGAUGUGUCCGCUCCACCGAUUGGUCCUGGUACUUUGGGACAGGGAGAGCAAAGGGGCCGUUCACACGGGACACUUUCUUGUGUUGCUUUGAUGCAUUCCAUUUCAAAAUGGGAUAUUCCUUUUUGAUAUUUCCGACUUGUGAUCAUAACGGCCCAACUUUUGGGGCGUAAAGAAAAGGUGUAUAGCUUUUUUCACAUACAUACAACACAUAUAUAUGUAGUAAUAUUAUUUAUUCUAUUAUUUACAAUACAUUUAAAAUAUAUAUAUAUAUUUUUUUCUUUUGUUUGUGCCAUGAAUGUCACAUUUUCAGACGCCAUGUCAAGUUCAGCUGUGGCAUGCAGAAGAGUGAUAAAAUACAGACCGAUCAAAUUGAAUAUGAGGGUGUGAUGAGCAUUGUUUAUAUUUAACAGGAUUCGUGGGUUGGGUUGUGAUAUUUUUUUCAAUUCUGUGCAGGAUUUAGCUGAUUUUAAUGUUCGAUUGAGUCCUGUGUGAACGGUCCUGAAAAGUUCCUGUGCCGAACACACAAUCACAUACACACAAACACAGUCCCAAAUGACAAGACAAAUAGCUGUGAAAAUGAUUAGGGGUCAUUAAAAUACCAAAAUAUGCAAACUUUAUAUUCUACUUGUGUUCUAAUGCAUUUCAUUUUUUGUGUGUGUGUUUAACGUGGAGAUUGCUUGUUUCCUGAUGUUUUUCAUUAAGUCCACAUAUUUCAUAAUUAUUUAAUAUAUUCGCAGUUACUCUAAGACACCAAAUAGUGCAGGUCAUUAUUAUUAUUAUUAUUAUUAUUAUUAUUAUUAUUAUUAUUAUUUUAUAUUGAAUGCUCUACCAUCAGUUUAUCAUUCUUUUUCAUAUGUGGCUCCAUGUCCAUUUUAAAGCACUCGUUGGGCCCAAACCAAACCAGAAACAGCUGUACUGACCGACUCUGUCUGGGUGAAAAUACUCCUACAUUCAGAAACAGUCAGUAUGGAUAAGCCUGAGAUGUACUAAAAUCGGCUGUUUUAACUCUUCGCCUUCGACAAAGAGCGUCCAUAGUCAGCAUCGGCUUUCCUCCUUGUUGUAAAGAUGUGAUGAAUAAUAUGUUGAAGGAGGUGAAGUCCAUUGGUUUUGGCACAGGAAAUCAACACCAAAUAAUAGAGGAAGAUUAGAAAUAGACAGAUACGUGAUAAAUAUGUUUUCAUGCACUUCUUCUAUAAAAAAAAAGAGAGAGCCGAGUUGUGAUUAUUUUGGUGAAAAACCAAUGUAUAAGUCCUGAUAAAAGGGGUGUAAUGCUGUGUUAUGACAGCGAAAUAUAUCGUUUUUUAUUUUAAAUGAAGAGAUGUUUUUUUUUGAAGUUUAAACAGAAAUUAUUUUGAUCCCCUACCUUCCUUCCUUACAUUUUGGGUCUUAUUCGUAUGUUUGAGAAAUGCCAAAAAGACAGUGCUCUAGUUAGUUUAAAUGUGAUAUCGCUACUCAACGGUUAUGUCCUGCCAGUUUAUUUCUAUUUCGUUCCCCCAGCUUGAAACGUCUAAACACCUCACCUCUGCAUGUCCUUGUGGUCAAGGUUAGAUGGGUGCAUGGUACAAGCAGCAGAUGAUUUUUUUCCCCCUCAAGUCAGUGGAAGUGUAUUUUAUUUGACUUUUUAUCAUUCAGCAAUAAAAAAAAAAAGGAAUCUUUUCCCCCACCAUGUCCAUUCUUGGAAAAUGCUAGAGGAUUUAAAAAAGUGAGACAAACACACGCGACUGUCAUAGAUUGUAAAAAUAAAAUGAAAACACGCUGUUCAUAUGAGAAAAUAAAUCUUUCUUGGUAUCAUUUUGACACAUGCCCAUA